CCCGAACUCCAAAAGUCUAAAGAGAGGUUAAAAUUGUUUUGAAUUGAGACGACUCACGGAAAGAUCAGUUGUUCGUAUUAUUUACGAAGAUGAGUCGAAAGGAAGCAUUAUCUCAAUUUAUACAACAAAUUCAUGGACGACCUGUUGUUGUAAAGCUGAACAGCGGUGUUGAUUACAGAGGUGUAUUAGCUUGUAUAGAUGGCUACAUGAACAUAGCGCUUGAACAAACAGAAGAAUAUGUUAAUGGACAAUUAAAGGAUAAAUAUGGAGAUGCUUUUAUACGGGGGAACAAUGUGUUGUAUAUCAGUACACAGAAACGUAGAAAUUAAUCGUGUGAAAUACAAAUAAAUAAAAACUAAAUGUUUAUUUAAUAUAUU